AUGGCGAAUAAUGAUGAGGUAAUAACAAAAAAGUGUCGCAUAUGGAAUCCCGCUUUGGAUGAUUGUUAUAAUGUCACCAGUAAUGAUAAAGAUACAUGCUCAGUCAAUUUUCAAAAUGAUCAUAUUCCCCAGAAUUAUGCAAGUUUGAUGCAACCAUACAUUACAACACCUAUGCAUUCUAAUUAUAUAAAAGGGAUACAACAAAAUCAAAAUACAGCAAUGAGUUUUCGAUUCAAUAUUACGCUGUUACCUAAUUACUUGAUGAACACAAUGCUGAACCAAAAUUUUACAUCACUUGAUGUACCAAAUCAAAAUUGUUGUGCUAUAUGUGGUAACAUAUUUCGAUUAACUGCUGACUUGGUUCAACAUAUGCGUAUCAACCAUCGAACUAAACAUUAUUCUCAACAACGAAAACGAUUAUCAUCACAAUAA